CAGCUUUCCCUCAACAAGAAUAAAACCCUUCUCCAUUUCAGCCAUUUCCAUCUUCCCCACCAAGUUAUAGCCUACAAACGAUCAAGUUGCAGAAGAAAAUGAGGAGAACCGCAUCUCAACUCAUGCUGAAACAUUUACAGGAAGUUGAAGAAGAAGACGAUGAAAAGUUACUAAAAGUCGAAGGCCAACCAAUCAGAGACGUCAACUGCAUGAAGCCCAACAUGCCAGAGCCCAGAAAGCCAUAUGAAUCUCUGUCUUGUGAGAAAUACGGAUCUUGGAGGCAAGAACAGAGGCGAGGAGCCGAAAAGCUGAAAAAACAGCUCAAGGCAAGAUGGGCCAUCCAGAAGCUGAUCGACGAGAUAAUGGGCCGAUUCCAAGCCCACAACAACCGGGCCAUGCUUCCAACCAAGAUGACUGAUGUGGCCCAACUCCUCAUGCCCAAGUGGAUUCCCGCCCACGAGCUAGCCGCCCUGUGCUGGCUCGGAGACUGGCGGCCCUCCACCAUCCUUGAGCUGCUACGCUCGUUGGCCCACUCUUUGUGGGACCCGGCUAGCGUUGAGCGAGACCUCGCCCAACUCAUCAAUGACAUACGGAUAGAAGAGGCUGUCAUCGACGAGGAAAUGACCGAGAUCCAAUCCAACUGUGUUCUUCACCUGCCGUUCGGCCCAUCGAGAAGCAGGCCUGCGUUGGCCUGUGUGCGGUCCGAGUUCAAGAAAAUCCACCGGGUCAUUGUCAAGGCCCAAAACCUAAGGAUGAAGGCACUUGAAUUGGCAGUUAAGAAGGUGCUGAGUCAGGCAGAUGCAGCCGAAUUUCUCGUGGCAUUCGUGGAAAUUCAAGAUGCCGUUCACGAUUUCUCCACGAAACUCAAAACGCGCAAUGGUGGGGUCCGCAUCAAGGAGCUCGGAGUCCAUUCACCUUCUUGUUCUUGAUAAACGAUUUUUUUUUGGUUUGUUUUUCGUUCUUUGUCGAAAAAUAGUUCAAAGAUCAUGAUACCUUUACACUUCUUGGUAUGAAAUUUGCCCUGUUUUGAUCAGUGCAUGGAAAAGGAGUUAUACAGAUUCUAAGACUUGGAAAAUAUAUGGGGAUUUUGUGAUCUUUUUGCUCAUGUCUUUUAUUUCUUAGUAAUAAUGAUAUACAUUUGUAAUGCAAUAUUG